AUGUAUGGUGAAACCUUAAUCGUUGGUUUUGACUAUGUCAAGAUAACUAAAAACAACAACCAAAAAUAUUUAAAGAGCUUUGUAUACCUGAGGAUUUUUAUGGAGAGUGAAACCUUGAUCGCUGGUCUUUGCCGUAAAAAGUAUGGGAAUAUACAGCUUAAAGUAACUAAAGGCUCAAAGAGACUUGUCAAAACCGUGACUGUUGACAUGAGCUGUGAAGAUUCUGGACAUAUAAAACAGGAUCCCUGGAUGGAAAUCGGAAGCCUAAUCGUUGGUAUGAACUGUGAAAUUACUAGAAAAAUUAAAACUGAUAGUACAUGGAUAUCUUCAACCCUUCCCGGAAAGCUGAAGCUUGAUCGUUGGACUCGGAUUUAA